CAGCCGAAUCGUACAUAUGAGCUCCUCAAAAGCGUCUCCUCACCGUGGAGUGGCACUUGGUGCUUAGCAUAGCAUCCGGGUGGCUUUACCUCAUUCACUUGCUCUAAAAGAUCACAGCUUAGUCAUUUGCCAUCACGGUAACUUAAGUCAUCGGCCAGCGCUUCACUGCACGAGGUUUGUGUGACAGGGAACUCGCAAGACGGAGGUGUUUGGGGAUGUUAGCAACGUCAGCUAACUAGCUGCUUGGCUAACGGAAGCAGGAGUGGCCGGUCAACUGCCGAGAGUUUUGCCAUGGAAGGGGGAAAGGAGGCUGCCUCAGAGAGGAUCCUCCUGGAGCCGUAUAAAUACUUGUUGCAGUUGCCCGGGAAGCAGGUGAGGACCAAACUAGCUCAGGCGUUCAACCACUGGCUUGAUGUUUCCGAAGAUAAACUUCAGGUGAUCAUUGAGGUGACGGAGAUGCUGCACAACGCCAGCUUGCUCAUCGACGACAUCGAGGACAGCUCCAAGCUGCGGCGAGGGUUCCCCGUGGCCCACAGCAUCUACGGCGUCCCCUCCGUCAUCAACUCCGCCAACUACGUCUACUUCUUGGGCCUGGAGAAGGUGCUGACGCUGGAGAACCCCGAAGCUGUCCAGGUGUUCACCCGGCAGCUGCUGGAGCUGCACCGGGGUCAGGGCCUGGACAUCCACUGGAGGGACACCUACACCUGCCCCACGGAGCAGGAGUACCGCAACAUGGUGCUGCAGAAAACCGGCGGGCUUUUCGGCCUGGCCGUGGGCCUGAUGCAGCUCUUCUCCUCCUGGAAACAAGACCUGAAGCCCCUGCUGGACACACUGGGCCUCUUCUUUCAGAUCCGCGACGACUACGCCAACCUGAGCUCCCGCGAGUACAGCGAGAACAAGAGCUUCUGCGAGGACCUGACUGAAGGCAAGUUCUCCUUCCCCACCAUCCACGCCAUUUGGUCCCAGCCGGAGAGCACCCAGGUGCAGAACAUCCUCCGGCAGCGCACGGAGAACAUGGACAUUAAGAGGUACUGCGUCGACUACCUGGAGAAGGUGGGCUCUUUUGCCUACACCCGGCAAACGCUGCGGGACCUGGAGGCGGAGGCGUACCGCCUCAUCCGGGAGCUGGGCGGGAACCCGCAGCUGGAGAGUCUCAUCAAACACCUCAGUAAAAUGCACCACGAAGCAGAAGCUUCAGGCGAAGCCGCUGCCGAGCCACACUCCGCUCAGAAACACUGACCCCUGCCACAGCAACACACUCCCUCCUCUAAACAGCCUUCAUGUCCAGCGAACCAGUUGGGAAUCAAAGCCACGAUGAUGCCUUCUAGUGGAGAACCUGCCAGACACGCGUCCUCCCGGGUUCAUGUGCAGGGCCUAUCAGUGGAGAGAGCUUCCUCACAAACUCUGGAGAAGUUUCCUUUUACUGAUCAUGAAAACUUGAAAGCCUUCCGUCAGAAGAGCAGCACAGCAGAACCCAAAGUGUUUUUAUCUGGGGUAGAAAUGUGGCUGUUCAUGAAGCCACCAGAGUGCCAAUCCUGAAGAACAGAUCUUUGUCAGCCAGUCGUCGGAUCAUGAUGUAACGUGCUGGUGUUGUAUGCCAAGUGGCCCUCCAUCCUUUGUUUACUGCUGAAUACAAUUAUGAUCCUGUGUCCAGACGUUUCCCACCUGAUUCUUAUUUAACAAUUGUGGAACAUUUAUACCGAUUUAUUACACAAAAACUCCAACUGAGUUGUCCU